AUGUUUACGUCGCAGCGACAGCUUCGACAAAAUGGGAGUCCGAUGUCAUCAUCACGUUCAUCACAACAUUCCUCUGGUACAGCGUCGCCGAUAUCAGACUCUCCAGCAUCGAAUCGCAGCUAUGGAAGAGAUCUACGAGGCUUAAUGGGAAUUGAUAUACCUGCUAACGAACCAGCUUUUAACAGGGCCAAUAGCAGUGAUACAAUCUAUUUCAGGCCUAAGAAGAUUUACAAAAUGGAACAUGAGCACCCAUCACGAUCUACUUUAGUACAACUGCAGACAAGAUCGCAGCCGGACGAUGUCGCAAGUAGUCAAGUAAACCCUGAAGGCGGAACCGACGAUCUAGAGCUGGGCGAUCCGUGUGGCAAUCAAUCUUUAUACACUAUAGGGGCGGAGUACGUUCCAGAUUUAGACUUUACAAAGCUAGUGAAUGAGUGGCAAAAGUCCACCGAGGAUUUGUAUGAGUUCAGAAGCAGUGCCACUCCGCAGGUACAAAUCAAAGACAGUGGAAAGGGAAACUACGAACUUUGGAGCUCACCGGAUGCAAUAUUGACUCAAAACAAACUUCGAAGAGAUAGUUUUUCGCAAGAGAACAGUGAUUCGUUAAGUCCAGAAGAUUCUAUUUUAUCAAGAAAUUUGCAUUCUAAGGUCAAACCCAUCCCUCUGCCCAGAAACAGCCAGCAAAUAUUUACACCCCUGUCCAACUUAGAAGCGGAAAGGAGAUCCUCAUAUACAACUAGUAGCAACAACAAUAGCAUAACACAGAAUAAUAAAUUCUCUUUUGCGAAGUUAAAGUAUUCACUUCCAACUCAAAGUUCUGCAGUUCCUGCGUCGUUCGAUUCAAAUGCUUCGUCACUAAAUUUUCUUCCGACUACUACAUUAUCGACCUUAUCAGAGCUACAAAUAAGCCCCAACGAUAUGAUGGAUUUGAUUCAGAAGCUUCCCAGAAAUUUUUUGAACUUGCCGUAUACUCAAAGGAAAAAGGUGAUUAUCGAGCAUGCACCAUCUCAUGACUACAAGGCCAUGAUGUCCCUAGUUAAGAAGUUUAUGUUAACAUCUUCUAGAAGUAACUUUUCUCUCGCUGGGUUUGCCAAUAAUGCUUCAGUUUCGCAGGCCACGGCUAAUGAUGAUAACAUCAAUAGUAGGAACACGCCCAAUAAUAGCAAUGACACCUACGUAAAUACGCGUCCACUUCAAAGAUCUAGGCACGGUUCCAUUGCAUCCCAAUUUUUAAGUUCUUUUUCACCUUCGAUGACGUCAAUAGCUAAAAUGAAUUCGAACCCAUUGAGUGGAAGCGCAGGUGGCAGUGCGAGACCAGACGAUAAGGGUAUGGAAAUACUAGGUCAUCGGUUGGGUAAAAUCAUAGGUUUCGGCGCAUGGGGGAUCAUACGGGAAUGCUUUGAUAUUGAAACUGGUGUUGGUAGAGUGAUAAAAAUUGUGAAGUUCAAAGGACACCAAAAUAUCAAGAAACAUGUGCUGAGAGAAGUAGCCAUAUGGAGGACUUUGAAGCAUAACAGAAUACUCCCCCUUUUAGAUUGGAAGCUUGAUGACAACUAUGCAAUGUAUUGUUUAACGGAAAGAAUUAACGAUGGUACCUUAUACGACUUGGUAAUAUCUUGGGACGAAUUCAAACGUUCGAAGAUACCAUUUGCAGAGAGAUGCAGAUUGACCAUUUUUUUAAGCUUACAACUAUUAUCUGCAUUAAAGUACAUGCAUUCCAAAACGAUUGUUCAUGGUGACAUCAAAUUAGAAAACUGUCUGUUACAAAAAGAAGGUAAAAAAUCGGAUUGGAAGGUUUUCCUAUGCGAUUUUGGAAUGAGUUGCCACUUCGAUGAGAAGCAUGUUUAUCGUAACGAUACUUUUGAUGAAAACUUGAGUAGUGGCAACAGCCAUAGAAAGAGAAAAAGUAUUGAACAAACUAAUUUGAUAAAGUAUCCCACAACCAAUUUUUUACCUGACGACCGAACUAAUGAUUUUGACGCUAGUGAAAACUUAAAAUACCAAUUUGAAAAUCGAAAGCAUCAACCGUUUACACCAAAAGGAAUGGUUAGCUCCAGUUCACAUUCAUUAAAGCAUCUCAAUCAACCAUCCUCUUCUUCUUCUUCUAAUCUAUUUCACAAGCCAGCCUCUCAACCUCAACCACAGCAUCGGAGUCCCUUUCAUGGGAGGCACAAGACAACCGAUUUUUCAAACCUGGAACCCGAACCUUCUAAAUAUAUCGGAUCUCUGCCUUACGCUUCGCCAGAACUUCUAAGAUACUCAGAUGCAAGACGUUCAAAAUCAGUUGAAAUGCAUAUUUAUGAUUCACCAGACUCCUCUCAAUCGGAAAUUAGCGCAGCAUCAUCAUCUUCCUCUAAUUUAUCUUCUCUAUCAUCCUCUACAAAGGCGUCCGCAGUCACGAAUUCCGGUGUAACUACAAGUUCACCGUCUGGUUCAUCGACUGAUUUUCCAUGUAUUGUUUCUCCUUUAGGACCAGCAUCCGAUAUUUGGGCCUUGGGAGUAAUGCUAUAUACAAUGUUAGUAGGAAAAUUACCCUUUAAUCAUGAGUUCGAACCUAGGUUACGCUCUCUGAUUAAAGUAGGCGAAUUUGACCGAUUUUCUUUAGCUCAGGUCUGUAAAUUUGACAGGAAAAAAAAUGAAGGAACGAUUGGUCAAGGCUUGUAUGACACAGUCAUUGGAUGUUUGACGAUUGACUUGGAUAAGAGGUGGAAAUUGAAAAGGAUUGAAGAAGUCCUUCAAAACGAAAUGAACCUAAGCGAGGCCAUUCACGAUAAUAAUGGCUCAUGA